AGAUGGCGGAAUUGGAGGUCGGGGUACACUGCCAGUUGGAACACUGCCGGCGGCGAGAUUUUCUUCCGUUUGUAUGUGACGGUUGUUCAGGAAUAUUUUGCCUUGAACACAGAAGCAGAGAGUCACACAGCUGUCCUGAGGUAACUGUAAUCAAGGAGAGACUGAAGUCAGAUACUCACACAUCUUAUCCAUGCUCAUACAAGGAGUGUGUUGAAAAAGAGCUUGUACCAGUUAUCUGUCCUUAUGGUGAGAAGAAUUUUUGCCUGAGACACCGUCAUCAGUCAGAUCAUGAAUGUGAAAAACUGGAAAUCCCUAAGCCUCGAAUGGCCACCACUCAGAAACUUGUUAAAGACAUUAUUGAUUCCAAGACAGGAGAGACAGCAGUUAAGCGACGGAAGGGUGCAAAAAAUAGUGCAACAGCUGCAAAGGUAGCAUUGAUGAAAUUGAAGAUGCAUGCUGAAGGAGAUAAGUCAUUGCCACAGGCAGAAAGAAUUUACUUGCAGGUUUUCUUACCCAAGGAAAGCAAAGAGAAGAGCAAACCAAUGUUCUUCUGCCGUCAGUGGAGCAUUGGGAAGGUCAUUGACUUUGCAGCUUCUUUAGCCAGCCUGAAAAACAACAAUAACAAAUUAACAGCCAAGAAAUUAAGGUUAUGUCACAUUACUUCAGGAGAAGCAUUACCCUUGGAUCAUACUUUGGAAAUGUGGAUUGCUGAGGAGGAUUGUCCUUUAUAUAAUGGUGGAAACAUUAUCUUGGAAUAUCUUAAUGAGGAAGAACAGUUUUUAAAAAACGUUGAUUCCUACUUGGAAUAGUCAUUCAAGGAUUCAGUGAGCUAACCUCUAUGUGAAGUUAUGUCUUUUACUAUGGAUACUAUGCAUAUUUUUAUUUUUAAAAGUUGCUUUAAUUAUUUUUCAUUAUAUCAUAAUAUUACCAGUUUUCUAUAAGUUAAAAUUGUUUUUAAAGUUUAUGAAUUGACAUUCAGUUAUUAGCAAAUUGUUGUAUUUCAUUAGAUUUAGUAGAAUGUGCUAUAAUAACAACAACAAAGCUGAAUGUCUCAUUGGGUUGGUAUUGACAUCUGCAUCUGCACUGAAUGUUCAGGUGUCCUUUUAGGGACAUUACUAUUCUUCUGGCAGAGGAAAAAAGAAGUGGUUCUUAGAAGGUACACAUAUCACUUUUGCUUUAAGCAAGUUCCAUGGCCAAGGCAGUAUAGCUUUACCUUGCGCCUACAUCAUGAUGUAUAAAUUCAUGUGUGUACAUGAAUCACAGGAACUGAGAGAUUGUCUCAUUGACUUUUCAAAGUUUUGGAUGAGGAAUUUCAGGCCUAGGAAGGGGAAAUGAUUUUCCUGGUGUAAUUUAAUUGCUUUGGGGCAUAUCUCUGAUGAAGGAUAUUACAAAUGAGAAGAAAGAUGAGGUAGCUCAACUUCAGUGCCAUGUCUUUAUAUCUACCAAAGCAAAAGCAUGCCAAAGGUAGACACAUUUUACUGACAAAUUGAUGCCCUGACUGAUGUAUUCCAUCCUCACUCAAGAAAGGACUGCUAUAUAGAACAGAAAAGAUUUGUUUGUUCUUUGUCCCUUUUCUACUUUAAUUGACAUGGACAAGUACAGCGGCUUUAGGUUUAAUUAAAGAAAUAGACUUGGAAUAUUCAAUUUCCCUCUUAAUUUUUUCUUUGUGCUAUUUUCAUGCAAAGAAUGGAGAUAGCUUCUGAUUUACAUUAGCUGGCGAUCCAUUCAUUUAUUAGUACAGUUAUUCAGGUACCUACUAAGUGUAAGGAUUUGAUUCUAGUGUGUGGCAAGUACCAAAUGAGCAGAUGGAUCAUAAGCAUAGCUCUGUUCCAAUAGCUCUUUUAUCACAAACUGUAUGACCAGAAGUAGAAGUAAUUUUUAAAUACACCAGAAAGUUUUAACACAAACAAAUAUCUCAGCAUGUGCCAUAAUUAUUUGUACAUGGUAGGGAGUUAACAUAUGUCUCAUGAAUAUAAAGCUAAAUAUACCAGAGAAAGAACCAAUGAGAGUGUACAUAAGGUACACUCUCAGGAAGAGGGUACAUAAGGCUGGCAGAGACUGAGUUAUACUGGGAGAACGUGGAAGCAGGCCUGUCAAUGACUA